GUGGACGCCGUGGUCAGAGCCUGCUGCUCCUUCCUGGCCGGGCAGCUGCACCCGAGCAACGCCCUCGGCAUCGCCGCGCUGGCCGAGCGCCUGGGCUGCCUGGAGCUGCAGCAGAGAGCCCGGGAGUUCAUCUACAUGAACUUCGCUGAGGUCUCCAAGCAGGAGGAGUUCCUGUCCCUGUCCCACUGCCAGCUGGCCACUCUGGUGAGCCGCGACGAGCUCAACGUCCGCUGCGAGUCCGAGGUGUUCCAGGCUUGCGUCUCUUGGGUGCAGCAGGACCGCGGAGCUCGGGCUCCUUUCCUCCCCGCUCUCCUCCGCGCCGUGCGCUGCCACGCUCUCACCCCGCGCUUCCUCCGCGCCCAACUCCGCCGCCGCCGCGACCUGGGGCGCGACGCCCUGCGCUACCUGGCUCGCGUUUUCCGCGAUCUGGCUCUGCACAAACCCUCCGGGGAUCCCCCCGGGCGAUGCCCCAAGGUGCGGCAGCUGAUUUACGCCGCCGGGGGUUACCUGAGGCGAUCCCUCAGCACGCUGGAGGCUUUCGACCCCCAGGAGGGGUCUUGGGUGAGGCUGGCGGAGCUGGAGACGCCGCGCUCGGGGUUGGGGGGCUGCGCGGUCGGGGGGCUGUUUUACGCCGUGGGGGGGAGGAAUAACUCCCCCGAGGGGAACACGGACUCGGCGGCCGUGGAUUGUUAUAACCCCCUCAGCGGGAGGUGGUCGCCCUGCGCCCCCAUGAGCGUCCCCCGGAACAGGAUCGGGGUGGGCGUCAUCGACGGACUCAUCUACGCCGUGGGGGGGUCCCAUGGGUGCACGCAUCAUUGCUCGGUGGAGAGGUACGAGCCCGAGCGGGACGAGUGGGCGCUGGUGGCCCCCAUGGGGACGCGGCGAAUUGGGGUGGGGGUCGCGGUGCUGAACCGGGUGCUCUGGCUGGUUUUCGGGUGGGCUCAUCCCGUUUUUGGGGUGCUCCGGGGGGUUUUCGGGUGCGCUCACCCCGUUCCCGGGGGUCCCGCAGGGGUCUGCGCCCUGGGGAACUGCCUGUACGCCAUGGGCGGCUACGACGGCGCGCAGCAGCUCAGCAGCGCCGAGCGCUUCCAGGUGGACACCGAGACCUGGAGCUUCGUGGCGCCCAUGGGACACCGCCGGAGCGCCCUGGGCGUCACGGCCUUCCGGGGCAGGAUCUACGUCCUGGGGGGCUACGAUGGUCACUCCUUCCUGGAGUCGGUGGAGUGCUACGACCCCGACGCCGACGCCUGGACCGAGGUGACGCCGAUGCCGUCGGGGCGCAGCGGGCUGGGGGUGGCCGUCACCAUGGAGCCCUGUCACCCCCAGCCCCACCCCGAGGAGGAGGAGACCCCCCCCAGCGAGCCCUGCUGACCCCGGCGCCGCCGGGGGGGGGGGACGGGGAGGAGGGGAGGGGGCUGCUCCCCCCCUGACCCACCGUCCCCCAAUCCAUCCCCCACCGGCGGCGCAUCGAGGAUUUCAGGGGGCGGGGGGGUGUCACCCAGACCCCUGCCCACCCACCCAAAAAGUGUCACAGGACUUUUGCUGCGUCCCCCUCCCCUAUUUCCCCACCUCUAGCCCGGAUUUUGGGGCGACCCCGGGCUGGUUUUGACCAUUCCCAGAUGCUGCUGGCGCAAGAA